AUGAUGGAAGGAAAUAUUUAUAAGGAGAAAAAAGAACAAGGAUAUAUGAAAGGAAGCAAUGAACUUUUAAAAAAACAGGCACAUCAUAAUGAAUCAAAAUUUAAAAAAUUUUGUGGUGAUACUAAUAUUAAAAUUGACGUUCCAAAUAUUAAUGAAAGUUUAAAAUUUUUAAAACAUGAUGUAGACAAUAGUAUAUUAAAUUUUGAAUAUAAUACUAUGAUACUUAAUGAAAAAAUAGAAAGACUAAAUGAUAUAGAACGUCAGGUAUGUAUUCCGAUGCAUUUACCAAUUUCUUAUUCAAUGAAUAUUGAAGAAAAUGAAGAUAUAUGUCAAUGGAUUAAUAAAGAGAAUAUGUAUCAAAAACAAAAUAAAGUAGAAAAAAUAACUACUGAAGAAAAUAUAAAAAAAAUAAAUAACAUAAAUGAAGAUGUAUAUGAAAUAAAUCCUAUUAAUUAUAUAGGUGAUAUGAAUGAAUAUGGUAAUACAAAUAAUUACAGUAAAGAAGAACAUGAUAAUUUAUUAAAAAUAAUAAAUAGUAAAAAUUUAAAUGAAAACUUAAAAGAUAUUUCUUCAAAUAUACCUUAUGUUACAUGUUUUGAAAAAGACGAUUUAGAUUUACUAAAUAUAACUAUCCCUGAAUAUAUGAAAAAUAAUAAAAAUAAAAAUAAUAAAUUAAAUAAUAAUACAAAAGAUAACGUAUACAUUGAACAAAGUAGUGAGGAUUUAUUACUUGAAAAAAUAGAUUCCAAUAAGAGCAAAAAAAAAUACUUGAAUUAUAAUCAUUAUUUUAGGCAUCCAUUAUUAAAAAAUGAAAAGAUAAAAAAUAUUUAUCCUAUUGUUCCAUAUAUAUCAGUAUGGGAUAAUAAAUAUAUACAAGGUAUUAUGGACAUAGAAAGUGACACAGAAGAAAUGGCUACAUCAGGUGAUCAAAAUAAUAAAUCGAAAGAUAAUAAAUUCUAUGGUUUAUUACAUUUAAUACAAAAAAGUAGAGAUAAACAUAUAUAUAGUUUGUACAAAAAAAAAAUUAAGGAUGAAAAGGAAAGUAGGAGUUCCUAUCGUAUUAAUAAAAAGCCUAUAAUUAUAAAUCUAUAUGAAAAUAAUGAUACUAUAAAAAAUAAUGAUAAUAUAAAAAAUAAUGAUAAUAUAAAAAAUAAUGAUAAUAUAAAUAAUAAUGAUAAUAUAAAAAAUAAUGAUAAUAUAAAAAAUAAUGAUAAUAUAAAUAAUAAUGAUAAUAAUGAAGAAGAAGCUGAAUUGGGAAAUAAUACAAAUAAAAUUAAGAAAAAAAAAAAAAUUAGCUUAAGUAAAUUCUUAAUUAAAAAACAUAUUAUGAAAUUAAGAAAAAUGGAAAAAUUAAAGGAAUAUUUAAAUAAUGAACAAUGUUCAAAUAAUGAGAAUAUAAAAAAAAUGAACCUUGAUCAAAUGAACAUUUUAAAUAUUCAAGAAAACCAUAAUGAAGAUAUAAAAAAUAUAUCAUCAUUUAAUAAAAGUGACACAAACAUACAUAAUAAUAAUAUCUUAGAAGAUCAUAAUGAAAAAAGAGAUGAUGUAUAUAUUGAAAAAGAGACACAUAUAAAUGAUAUGCUGAACAAAAAUACAGAGAAGAAAGAGGAAAGUAAACAAUAUUUCAAAUACAUAAGAGAUUAUAAAUCUCCACCAUUUACAAUCAAUGAAAAUGAUCAGUUAUCAUAUGCCUUAGCCUUAUCCAAAAAAAAAAAUCUAGCAUUUCUAUUCCCAACCAUGUCAAAAAAAAUAAUAUUCUCAAAAAUGGGACAACAAAAAAGGAAAAACUAUAUAUUACUAAAGGAAUAA